CACAAUUAUGAGCGCCAUCAUAGCCGCACAAUAGCGUUUGACAUCGCUUAGCUCUCGACUGCAUUCGCAGGUUCUUUCGCACGUUCUACACAUUCACUAUUGACGCGAGUGUUUCAAGCUUGCUUGCGCUGGAUGAGCGUUGACGCUGUGCGAACAACACCGUACGAAGCCAAAGCGGUUUCUAGCUUCAGAUAUAGGCAGUGCUGGCAAUCUCCACCUUUAGUCUUUAUCGUAUGUCUGACAGCGCUUUCGUUCAAGUAUUCGCUGCUUUUCGGUGCUAUAGCAGAACUAUUUGUCGGACAUCGGAUUGACGACGUUUUGCACUGACGUGUGCUUUUAACUUCACAGAUGGCCAAGUAAGUUGACGUUAUCCCCGUUAUUUUGAUCAGGUUAGUUUCUAUAUCGAUUUAUUGGGCCUCAGUGACUUUUAUAUGCAUCAAUAUACGUUUACGACCAGAUGAACUUAUCGGCAUUAUUCAUUCUUACUUGCGGAGCACUCCCGAAAAAAGAAAAAAAAAAAGAAUGGACAGCACAUCGACCGCCGUUUGUUAUGGUCUUCGCGUCAUGAUGUUCGUAUCCAAGAUAGCCGGUUGCCCCUUUGUCAACGGCGUCUGCGGAAGAAGGGAGUGCAAAAAGUCGAGGCUCUGUUGGCUGAUUUCGGGACCAUUCGGACUCGCCUACUCCGUCAUCUGCAUCGCUUUGUGUUCCUGCGUUGGGCUCGUCUACGUAGCGACCGUGCUUUGGCUUAAUGGGCGCACCGACCAGAUCACAUUCAUCACUCGCAGCGGUCUCUAUUUCGUUGUAUACGGUCAAGUCGUUCUCAACAUUUGCAACCUGCUGCUCAGGAGGAAGCAGCUUGCCGACAUAGUCGUGACGGCGACCAAGCUAGAACCAAGCCUCCGCCUGGACAUGAAAAGCGUGCGUCGGCGUCUCCAGAAAGUCACCCUACUCUGCCUUCUUUACACGCUGAUAGACGCCUUCAAGUAUGUCGUGGGUCGCAGAGGUCAGAUAAAGGUCGCCUUCUACCUGUUCCGAGGCUACGGCGACCACGUCAAGAGGCUGUUUGUACCGUGCUACAUCGCCAGCUGCUUCCUCGUCUCGACUUGGUACAACAUGGUCUUCUGGCAGAUCGUGUACUUUUCGAGUCUCUUCCGCGAGUACUUCGCCGCCUUGAGCGAUCGGCUCGAGUCUGAGAUGGCGAACGAAUCUCGUGCUGAAUCGAAGGGUUUGUCGUCGGAGAGCGUGCGCCUGAACCUGGUCGAGCUGCAGAAACUGCUGCGCAAGGUCAACGCCUUCGUCGGUGUCCAGGCGCUGUGGUACUACUGCGGCAGCGUGUUCUUCCUCUGCGCCAUGCUGUACUACAACACGGCCACCUCCAACGUCGGCGUCGCUGAGAAUGCGUCCAACUGGUCGUACGUCGUUGUGAUGGCCGCGGGCGUCGUCUUCUCGACGGCGGCCGCUAGCAGCAUGACUCACGAGGCUUCUCGCAUCCACAGCAUCAUUCAAGCGUCAAAGUUUGAAACACUUUCAGACGCUGCAACGCAUAGGUUGCAUAUACUGAUAUUAACUGUAGAAGACCUUCAGGGCUCCUUGACUGGCUGCGGUAUGUUCGUCAUCAAUCUGCCAUUGAUUGUAACGAUUGUGGGUUCCGUCAUCACGUACACCGUUGUGCUUGUGCAGACCAGCGAAAGUAUCAUGUCCAACAAGUGCUCCAGAGGGCCAGUGGUAUUGAAGUGACAGAGAGAAGUGUUGUCGAGGUGAAAACAUACGCCAAGUAGAAAUAAACCAGA